UAAUUUGUGAUACCUUCUGUGUCUAAUUCAUCAGUAAAAUAUUGUACAAAAAUGACACAGUGCACAUAAGGAACCUGAUAAAUGUAAAACUAAAGGACUGGAGAAGGACUGGCUGGUGGGGACCCCAGCUGCCAGAUGGGCAGCCCACUCCCUAGACAGUCCAACCUCUAUUUGUUUGUUGUUGUGAGGAAAAAAGGAAAAUGCUGACAAAAGGACUAAGAGACCUCACUGUCUCCAAGCAUCAGGCAUUAAAUCUGACCAGUUGCUCUUUCCCUCAAGCUCCUCAUGUACAGGGUUAUCAGUCACCUCCACUGAGCAAACAGACACCACAUGCUAACCUGGCUGGGGAGCAGGCUGGCUCAGGGGAACACUGCACCCUUGGAACAUCCCAAUAACAUUUACAGACCCAAAUCCACAUUGAUUAGCUACAGUUGCAGGGCUUGGGUGCCAGGGUGGGUCAGCUCUUAUUUCGCCAGUACCUCUAUGAUGUUGAUGGACAUAAAAGGCCAAGGUGCCUUUGCCUCCUGUCCACCAGUGUGGGGCAUCUGGCAGGACUUCAAACCUGCUGAGCAGCUGGACCCCCCUCAGGCUGCCCAAAAAACACAGCUGGAAAAAGCUUGUGAUUUCAGUACAGUUUUUUUUUUUUUCUGGACACUGACUACUGGACAUACAACUGCCAGGUUGGCAGCCACCAGCUGAUUUCUUUCCAGUGAGAUUUUAGGCAUCUUGACACUUCUAUAAACAGUGCAGAAACACUACAGAAAGGCACCAGGAUUCAUAUUACUUCCUGGAGCACAGGUUUCCUUCACUCAGCUGAGGAAACAAUUCUUCCUAGUCCCAGAGGAAAGUCUGAAGUCAAAAUGGGGAAAAGCCACUGUUAUUACUGGGGCAACUAAGCCCAGUCCCACAUCCUGCCCCCAGGCUAAUUUCAGGCUUGAAAAAACCAGCAGAGUUUGCUGUGUUCCUGGGUAGCCCCUGCACACACAGACCUCAAAUAGCUGCCACACGUGGUUAUAGGGACUGUGUGUACCUGCCUCUUGGCAGAAUUCAUCUUCUGGUGCCACAGUCUCAGUGCACUCACCACAUUAGGAGUAGCUCUGGCAACAAGUGUUGUAUUGGGAGAGACAGAAAGGUUUUAAGUCCCCCUGGGAGGGGUUUAGAGUUUUUUGGGGUGGUUUUUUUUGUUGUUUUUGUUUUGGGGUUUUUUUGGGUUUUUUGCCAUUUGAUUUUUUUUUCUGUUGAGUGAUAAGGAGAAGGGGACAUCCUUGCUCAGCAAAGCACCUUGGGGCCUCCCAGGGGGCAUCUCUUGGUUGUUCUGCUGAGAGCACCAGAGCUUGUGGUGCUCCAGGAGCUUGUGCAGUUGCCCUGCAAUGAGCUUGGCCCCAGCCCUCUCUACCCCACCCCGUAUUUCCUGUGCAGGAACCAGCAGAGGCACAACACUGAGGCUUUGUGGCAGAGCAGACUUGGCUGAAAAUCACUUUGUGAUGGAGCAGUGCUCAAAGAGCCACUUCUGCCUGACUUCUCACCAUGAAAUCAGUGGCACAAAGGGUUCUGCAUGUACUAUGUGUUACAUGUACCAUGGAGAAUUUAUUUCUUUGAUUUUUGAAUACCUUUGAGAUCUUUCAGUUAAUAUUUUCUAUACUCAGGCUCUGCUGGAAUAUUGGUAGAUUUUAUACAUAUGUAGAAAAUUGAGAUAAAAUAGUUCUUUGUGCAAAGAGAGGAGAGAAAUAUCUUUAGCUGAUUAUAUUUAAGAAAAAGAAGUUUGGGGUGUUUUUUUGACUAGUAUUCCUGACAAAGCUGUUGGGAAUAAAAUCUUGAAUUUUUCGUAGAAUUUUUUCCAUGUUAUGCUGAACAUGGAGCUAUUUGCAUGAGGUACAAUUUUUUCAAAGUCAUGUGGUGUGCAUGAGAUAUACAGCCUACGAAAGCCACCCUGUGCUACAUAGACUGCUAAAUGAUGUAGGAGAGCCCAAAGAGCUGGGAAACACAGCCAGAACACUCAUUUCAUGUGCAGCUCCCUCCCACAGAGCCUUGCUUGUGCGAGCAAGCCUCUUCUAUGACCUGCUCUGCUGUUCCCAGUGCUGCUUUUAUCCUUUGAAAGCAUUAAUUACAUCGUUUCUGGGGCUGUAGGGCUAGACGCCUGAAUAACCAGGGUUUUUCUUUUUUAACCUUCUAUUUCUUUCUAUCCCAAAGGAUGAGCUGGCUUCAGAAGAAUUCAAAUGAAGAGAGGCAGCAGCAGGAAGCAGAAGUUACAGGAGCUAAUCCAGCGUAUCACUGUCACAGCUACUCCCAGGCCUAUGAGAACAGAAAGAGGGAGCAGCAUCAAGCCAGGAGGAAGCUCUGUGUAGCAUCAGUAGUUUGCACCUUCUUCAUGAUUGCUGAGAUAACAGGGGAGUAUAUCGCCGGGAGCCUGGCAGUGGUCAGCGACGCCGCGCACGUCCUGGGGGACCUGACAAGCUUCCUCAUCAGCCUCUGCUCGCUGUGGCUCACCUCCAAACCUCCCACCAAGCAGCUCACUUUUGGGUGGCACCGAGCAGAAAUUCUGGGAGCUUUGGUGUCGAUGAUAAUAGUUUGGAUGGUGACUGGUGUGUUGACAUACUUGGCUUGCAUGAGGCUGCUACAUCCUGAUUACGAUAUUGAUGCUACAGUGAUGCUCAUCACCUCUGCUUGUGCCCUGCUCACCAACAUCCUACUAAGCCUGAUUCUGCACCAGACUGGCCACGGGCACAGCCAUGGGGCACAAGCCAGGGAAUGUGUGUCAGCCCCCCUGGAAAAGCCAGCUCUGAGCAAUGCCAGCCUGCGGGCAGCCUUUGUGCAUACCAUUGGAGAUCUGUUCCAGAGUAUUAGUGUGCUAAUUAGUGCACUUAUCAUCUUCUUUAAGCCACAGUACAAAAUAGCCGACCCAAUCUGCACAUUUGUGAUUUCCAUCUUUGUUUUGGCAACUACCAUCACGAUUUUAAGAGAUAUUUUAACUGUGUUAAUGGAAGGAACAUCAAAAGGAUUUGCUUAUGAUGCUGUAAAAGCCAGGAUUUUAGCAGUUGAAAAGGUGGAUUCUGUUCACAACCUUCAUCUUUGGUCUCUGACAAUGAAUCAAACUGCACUCUCUGCUCACAUUGCCACAGCAGACACAAAGGACAGCCAGAAGAUUUUGAGAGAUGUUAGCCAAGCCCUGUUUGAGCACUACAGCUUCCACUCCAUCACCAUUCAGAUUGAAUCAGGAGAGGAUCAGAAACCAGACUGUGUCUUCUGCCAAGAGCCCAGGGAUUAA